UUUAAUCGCUCCAACAGACCCGAGGGGGUAGUGCGCAUGUGUGAUUGACAGCGAGGCUGACCAAUCACAACCUUCCCCGGAGACGCUACGUGCUCGGCGGUGAUGUAACUCCAGGAAGUAAAGAAAUACUCUGAUCUGCACUUGUAAAUGUUUCGGUUGUGGCACGGCACCAAAACGCAGGGGAAGCUGGUGUUUUUGUCCAGCAGAAACGCAUCGACAAUGUCCACAGACGGUAAAAACAGCAGCGACAUCAGGUCGAUUCACUCGGACGCUGUGGAGGAGGUUCAUCAGGUCCCGCUGCAGGUCAUCAUCAGGCCGUUUCCCCCCGAGCUGGACGAGCUGAAAGUCCAGAGUCUGAUGGACACAAUAAAGGAAUCAGCAGACAUCAGCGUCGUUCCCCCCAUUGAUGUGCUCUGGAUCAAAGGUAGAGAGGGGGGAAAUUACUACUACUCGUUCGGAGGCUGUCACAGGUUUGCUGCGUAUCAGAGGCUGAACAUGCCAACCAUUCCAGCCAAGAUCAUCAGAUCAAACAUCUCAGACCUUAGCACUUACCUGGGGGCUUCGACACCUGAUCUGCGGUGAUACUUUUUUUUUUUUUGGUGUGUUUUUAUUUACUUAUUUUAUUUCAUUUCUCUUUCAGUCUUUUGGUUUUUAGAGAUUUGGCACGGGGUGGAUCACACACAUGCAGUUGUGACAGCCGGUGACUGCAGAGCUAAGAAUUUACCAGCAGGGGGAAAUGUAACUCUUUAGUGGAGCACAUGUCAUAUGUGACUUGAAGCCACUUAAAUGUAAGGGUGUUUUGGUUAGAUAUUUUACCAAGUUGAAAUUAUUUAAAUUAUAUUUUUCUUCAUGCACAUUAUCUAUUAGUGCAAUACAAGAGCUCAAAUGUAGGCAAAAAGAAAAGAACAAGGGCAUUGCACAGUGACGAAAAGUCAGGAUUUAGUGACACUACACCACAGAUGGCUUAAGAUUUCAUCAAAGUAGGAAAAGCACAGAUUGUUUAUUAUGCACAAUGCCAGGGGGCUGCAACUGAAGCAGAUUAACAGAAUUCAGCUAUUGUUAAUUUUACCCCUUCUACAGUGGCACUUGAAAUAGACCUGUUGUAAACACAUGUGGCUCCUCUUGAAGCGGAUUCCUCCCACUGAGUACUGACAAAGAUUUAAAUACACGUUGUCUUUUUUGAAGCUAUUUUCGUCCAAAAUUAUAUCAGACGGUCCCUCUAGUGAGUCUCUUUUUUUGGAUUGAGUUUUAAUUUUGGCAAUCAAAGACACGGGCCUGCUUCGUGUUGCAGUAGCUGAGUAGUAGAAGGAACUGAAGGUGUUUUAUGGGCAACAUUUUUAUUUUUUUUUAUUAUUAUUAUCGCAGAAAAAAAACUUCAGAUAUUUAUCAGACCUUGCUCAAAUAUCAGUGUCACACAAUCCCAGCAUCUUUCAGUGAUAUCCACCCACUCUGUUCAUGCACAGUCAACUUUGAUUGGGAUGUUUCUGACAGCACAAGGCAGCGAGCUAAUAGACAGGAGCCUAUACACCAGAUGGUUUGUCGAAGGAGUCAGGUGUUAUGAAAACAUCAUCCUGACAAAAUGCAAGAUGUUGUGGAGUCUUGCUGAGUCUGCCUGUCGCCACUCUUUAUUUCUCCUCAUCCCUCCUGUAACCUUCCCCAUUUUGACAAAGAAGGACUGCGAUGCACCUUCAUCGUACUGGUCAGCUCAUAAUAUGAAAACCACAGUGACAUCAGAUAUAAUCCAAAUAACCUGAUUACUCCUCAGACCAUGGUCCACGCUGCAUUUAAGAGUUAUAGUAAAUAACACAAAUAAUCUUCAGUUGACAUAAUGGCCUGCUUGUUGUUAUUGUUGCUGACCUUGAGUCUGGCCCGGCUUACUAAAUCAUAUCAGACAGCAGAUCCCUUGCGUCUGUCUUGGAGGAAGGAACUGUAGUUUUGCAGAAUAAUAUAGGCGACCUGUACAUUGAGACAAGGCCUUUCCGACAUCAGCACUUUCACAAUGCAAGCUCGGAGCUGCUUGACGUUGUCCCUUUGUGGCCAUCGAGGAAAUGAAGGGAGACCCGGGGCAGGUUUUACCGUCCGGCCCCUGAACGACUCUAAAUUUCUCCCCUGAAUUGUCGCGUGUGAGAAGAUUUCCUGUAGCUCGCUCACUGUCUGGAAGUAACCAUAUCCUCAAAGGGGUUUUGACACGCAAUACCGACAUGAAAAAAUACAUUGCACCUGUUGCUGCAGGGAGCGGUUUCCAUGGGUGGUUCUGCGCGCUUUAUCUUUGAGGAUUUAAAGAGAUCAAGGGGGAUUUGAGGGCUACGACAAGGAACUGUUCCAGGCCACUUUUUUUCACGAAUGAAUUGGUUUUCUUAUUUACAUACGUAUUUGUGAAUAGUGGCGGAUGAUGUUAAUUGCCAAUUCUUCACGCGUGGGUUUGAGGAGGGCCUUGUUUGUGUGGCCUACUUGGGUUUCAACCAAUUUCCUGUUUCCUGACUUGAUCAUCUGUCAUUGUUCAGAGUGAUGUAUGUACACAAUGAGAGAUUUGCUAAUACUGUUUGUGCCUGAAGAAACUUUUACUGUUGGAAAUGUUGCACAGUAAUAAACAAAAAUUAUGGGAGUACAGCAGCCUGCAGACUCUCUCUCACAAACGAAUUGGUCAGUGAUGACUUCUAGAAAAUAACCUGUGAUUUAAAGCUUUUAUGAGAUUUUGUGGUGUUUUUUGUUUGUUUCUUUCUUUGUUUUUUGUGUCUUUUGUAUAGGUUCUCGCUUGCAUCAUCAGCACAAAAAUGAUGCUACCAAAAUAAAUAUCAGUCGAAAACCAAA